CUUGCGUCAUGUUGUCAGACAUGACACCUGACUUCAAGUUGCAUACACAAGAAAUCUAAUUUGAUUUUACAAUUUCCUAAAUAAAUCAUACAAUAAGACAUUUUACAGUCGGCCAGCUAAUGAGCUGAUCGAACUGAGUACUUACGAGCGAUGGAUAUCAACAGUCGGUCAAAUUCACGUGCGGGCUAAGAGAACACCAACAGGGAGUCUCUGGCGGUCUAGAUGAAUAAUAACAGGAUAUGAUAACAUGGCUGUGCAAUCGGACUCUGGCGGGAAGGACGAUGUGAAGACACAGUUCGUGACCCGGGAAGGCACGUACCGGUUGAUGACACUGUCGGAGUAUUCCAGGCCUAACCGAGUGGGGUACACCAGUGGGUCGGGCUCGACUCAUGUGCGCGUGUCACUGGUCUCUCUGCCGCCGGGGCCGGCGGGCGGAGCGCCCGGCUCCGACGGACAGGGCUCCGACGACAGGAUCUGCUUCAAUCACGGGAAAGAACUCUAUGUUUACGUGUAUCGUGGAGUCAAGAAGGCUGCAGAUCUCACAAAGCCAGUGGACAAGAAGAUGUACAAAGGCACAAACCCCACGUGCCACGACUUCAACACCGUCACCAUCACCCCAGAGAGCGUCUCCCUCAUCAUAGGGUUCUCGACGGGACAGAUACAACUCAUAGACCCCAUUAAGAAGGAAUUAAGUAAAUUGUAUAAUGAAGAGAGACUGAUAGACAAGACGCGCGUGACGUGCAUCAAGUGGGUGCCGGGCUCCAGCAACCUGUUCCUGAGCGCGCACGCGUCGGGGCAGCUGUACGUGUACAACGAGGAGCUGGGCUGCGGCGCCACCGUGCCGCACUACCAGCUGUUCAAACAGGGCGACGGCUACUCCAUCCACACGUGCCGCACCAAGUCCACCAGGAACCCGCUCUACAGGUGGGUGAUCGGCGCGGAGGGCAGCUGCAUCAACGAGUUCGCGUUCUCGCCGUGCGGCGCCAACCUCGCCGUGGUGUCGCAGGACGGCUUCCUGCGCGUGUUCCACUACGACACCAUGGAGCUCAUCGGCCGCGCGCGCUCCUACUUCGGCGGCUUCCUCUGCGUGUGCUGGGCGCCCGACGGCAGGUACGUGGUGGUCGGCGGCGAGGACGACCUGGUCACCGUGUGGUCGUUCGGCGAGCGGCGAGUGGUGGCCCGCGGCCAGGGGCACCGCUCCUGGGUCUCCGUCGUGGCGUUCGACCCGUACGUGGUCAGCUUCGCGGAGCCCGAGCACGAGGUGGAGGAGGACAAGAAAAGUGAGAGUGUGCAGUGUUACAGACUAGGCAGUGUUUCGCAGGACACGCAGCUGUGCUUGUGGGACUUGACGGAGGACGUGCUGAGGCCGCCGGUGCGGGCGCGGGCUUCCGCGCAUCUCUCGCCCAACAGCCAGAACUUCUCCCCGAACGGCAUCCCGGGCGCCAAGUUGCCCGUCAAGUGUACGAAGACGAAUAAAAUCGGGCACAAACACGCGGAGCUCAGCGGCAACGCGUCGGGCGAGCCGUCCGGAGCGAAGCCGGUCGCGAAGACGAAGUCGAACAACGUGUCCACUUUGAACAUAAGCGUGGGGAAAGCGAAGGAGGAGACCUCCGGGUCGUUAGGAGUCAAUUUCACGCAGCGCCUCGCCGGGUUUUCGUUCGGGGAGCGGCGGUCGGACCACCGGCGGAAUUUUAGCUUGACGAAGCCGGCGGAGAAGUCCACGACGAAUACGGUCGCGUUGAGGGGGAAGUCGGUCACGUCGGACAGUUUCGACCCGUUGAAACUGAUCGGGACGCCUUCCUGUCCGCGGUUCGACGAGUGUCCGGUGCUAGAGCCGCUGGUGUGCAAGAAGAUCGCCCACGAGAGGCUGACGGCGCUGCUGUUCCGUGCGGAGUACUUGAUAACAGCGUGCGCGGACGGCUGCGUCAACACGUGGGCGCGCCCCGCGAAGGCGCAAAAUGGCGACUCGAGGUCGAGACGCUCGGACAGGAUAGACCUCGUCGAUUAGGCGCUAUCCGGGCCUUGAUCCUCUAUGACAUCGACGGUAAUUACAUUCGCGUUUAUUUAACUUCGACGACAUAUUAUUAUAUGGAACUAGAAUUUAUGAUUCAUAAUAAUUCUGGUAUCAUGCUAAGCUUUGAUUGUGACAAUUUUCAUUCUUCUUUCUUGUCUAUGGUACUUUGCUAUGCGAUUAGUCUGACAUGCCUAAAAUAAUGAAAAACACUGUGGCGGUGGUAUGUAUGAGCACAACAAAACAAUUAUGCUUGGUUGUGUUCGUAGCUGGUUCUGGUAAAAAUGUAUUUUCAAGAAUUCUGCCAAGCAAGUUUGAGUAAGCCAGUCCGAAAUAAUUGGUGUUAUUUAAUCCAUUAGCGGCUGAUAUGAUGAUGAUUUGAUGAUCCAUAAGUUACUGCAUUAUUAGGUAACAUCAGAUAAAAUCGCAGGCUUAUCGUUGUAUGUAAGAUUUUACAGUAAUGAGUUGAAUGUCAUAGAGAAUGAAGUCCCCUGUGCUGUUGUGAUAAUGCCGAGUGAUCUAUGUAACCCGUCUAAGUACGUAGUAAUGCUUUCGUAUUUUGCAGAUGAAGACAUAAACUCUUAGGUAUAUGAAUUGUCUAUCAACAGACAGUCAACUAGACGAUUAUUUUGCCUGUAAAAGCAAAAUCAUGGUUUAACUGAAGAAGUAAAACUACAUCUGUUUAAUACAAAAGUUUACUAAUUAGCCUUCGUGUAAACUGAUUGUGUUCAAGGUUGCAUCCUUGUAUUCUACCAAUCACAGAGCCCGAUUAAAAUACUAACUUGUGAUUGGUAGAACGCGUACGUCAAAGGGCAUUAAAGCUUUUACAUACGGUCUACUGUUCGUUAUUAAGAUUUUUUAUGUUAGCUGUCAGACACACAUAUUAUAUAUCAUGCAUGCAUCAUGUUUCAGAAAUAGAAACUAUUAAGGAUUACCUAAAUACGUUUCUACAUGUUUGAGCUCUAUUGAAUGACUGGCUGAAUUUGUUGUGGGAUUCUUCUUUUCAGUCAGAUAUGCGUUUAAAAACGUCAUAGCUUCAAUUUUAUUUUUUCGAUCUUAUUACCUCAAUUUUAAAAUCAUGUAAAACAUAUUGCAAACUGUUUAAUUUGCAAUCAGUCGUACCUACUGUAGUUAUUACUAAACCGUACUAAAAGUUUCAGUGCUCUUUGAAUGCAAGCGUGAAGGCAAUGGUCGGUCACGAGGGUUAAAUUAUAAUUACUUAUAGUAAGGAAUAUCGACCCACUUGAAGUCAUAACUAGGUAAAAUAAUUACUUUAACGUAAUAUCACGUUUAUGUACAGCGUGUUUUAAUAACUUUAUUAUUGUUUUUGUUAAUAAAAUACAUACUAUGUGAAUAUUGUAGUCCGACUUUCUGUGAAUACGCCGAGAACACUUUUUUAAUAUAACCAGGUGUCAUUUUGCUAAAACUGAUGAUGCAAUAAACAAGAAAGGAGACGGCCCAUUUCUGUUCUUUUUUGCCUCAUAGCGGCAGAAGAAAAAAGAUUUUCCUAUAUGUAAAAUAAACAACAAGGGUUGGGACAAAAAUAUCUAUUCUUUAAUCUGUGCUGAAAAUACAAAUAUUUUAAGUUUUUCGGUACGUUUAGAAGCGCCCUUCAGCCAUCGAGAAAGGUGAAAAUGUAUUUAAUAUCAUUUCAGACAAGUGAUGUCACUUUCGAAAUACCGUUUUUUUUUAAACUGCCAGUCCACUUAAGCGAAGCGAGCCAGUGGAGCUGAGAAACGGAGAAAUAUUAACCAAUAGGAUUGUACAAAAUCUCCGCUAUUUUUAAGUGGACAGGGACUUGCGAGCUAGUUUAAAAAUUCAUAUGAAACCCGUAAGCGAAGCGGGGAAACGGAGCGGGGUUAAAUAAAAAAGAUGGUCCAUUUUAGGUCCACUCUUGUACCCCGUAUCAUUAAAAUUUUAAAAAUACUAAUAUUUUAUUAAAAUUUAUUAAAGUGAAUAAAUGUAACUAAAUUAAAUUGAGUGGCGCACCUUAAAGCAACUAUGUUAUGACAAUUGACAGCAAACGUCAAAUCGAUUACUGCAUUGAAAACGUCAUCAAUCCGCCAUUAUUACCCUUAUUAGUGUUGCAUUUCUUGGGAGAUAUUGAGUAUUAUUUCGAAAGAAUUAAAGUAAAUUCGUAAAUUUGUUUAAUCAAAAAUAGUUAAAAAAAAAAUAUUUCCGCUAGUGACUGGACCUGGGCUCGAUACAAUUUUGGACCAUCUCCUCUAGUCCGUUUCUCUGCUACGCACCCUCGCUCCACUUUGGUGGACAGGCAGCCUUAAACCCCAAUUUUGUUCAAAGUAAAGUGAACUUUACCUUAUUGUGAUAAGAUCUACUUUAAUGUUAAGAAAAUUGAGGUUAAAAUCUAAUAAAUAUGGCUGUUAGAGAUUAAACGGUUUGAUUGGUUGAUUAAAAACAUGUUUUAUAUUUUUUUUCACUUAAUACAAGGCAAGUCUUACGCCCUAUACAAUUUUGGGUUGUCUCCUUUUUUGAUAUUGUUUGUUUUAUAAGCACAUUAACACAUAUUUUGUUUUGAUUACCAAGUUAUUGCUUUCAUCAGUCAGUUGAGCAAAGACAGUUUUAAUGAAGGAGAAAUGGAAGGUAUAAAUGUAGCGAAAAAUUCCUGCUUUUUUGAUUCAAUGUGUUAAUUUGGGGUGAUAACGAAGAGAUAUUCCGAAUGUAGUAUCCGUUAUUAAGUAAUAUUUUUUUAUUUUGCAUGAAAAUAUUUUUUGCACACGACAAACAGACGUGUAACAUAUUUAUAGUGUUUACAUUAAAAAAAGAUUAUUGUACUUUGUACAUUUUUCUUAGUGUUGUGUAUAAAACUCUAUUUUAUACGAUUGGCCUCAAGUUAGUUGAAUACAGCCUAAAAUAUAUAUAAAUUGAAAUUUUCUAGGUUGAUUAUGUGAAUUGUAAAUUUUUUGAAUGUGGCGUUUCGAGUGGCAAUUAAAAAUAAAUUCAGAAAAACUUUUUUUUUAUUGAGGAGAGAGAAAACUCUCUUUCAUUACGAUAAGACUUGGCACACAUUAUGUUUACAGGCAUGCCAACAGGUGUCGACUAAUUGUUUCAAUAUUAGAUGCAGUCUCAGAUCAAUUACCUUCUAUUGGACUUGUUCAUUAUCAUUGUCAUCUGUGUCCUUACAUUACACACAACUAUACAUUUUAAAUCGUUAUACAAUAAAACAUCGAUUCUAUAGACGCAGUUUGUUUGCGUUAGAUCAUGAUCAUAUAGUAUUGACAGAGGGGUAACCUCUAGGCAGGUCCUAUAGAAGAUAAUUGUUCUGAGGAUGCAGUGCUUAAAGUCACAAUUCAUACACAUAUUUGUAUUUUUUGUAUUGACUUACCGCGUAUUGCUGUGCGAAUUUUUCGCUAAUUUGUUCCUAAACUAUACAGUACUGCGCAAUUUCAUUCUCGUACCAAUGGUAACUACAGAUAAGGGGGUUUGUGAAAAUGUUACGUGUGUCUUUUUAAAGAGUUGUGAGGUUUUAUGUAAUACUAUUACUAUUCCAUUUAGGCUGAUUGGAUUGUGCGCUGAGGCUUUGCUGUCCUUCUGAGGUUUCUUAAAAAAUAUCAUAGAAGUCUUAUAAUGUCAACAUGGUGAUAAGUUUUGAUCGUAGCUAAAUAAAUGUUCCUUGAACGCUAUACCCCAGGAUCCGGGAAGCAUUUUUAUGAUUAUUGAUUACAAUGAAGCUAAUUUUCCGUGAGUAGCUUCAUGAAGGUACCUUUAACUUUUUAAAUUAUGAAAAUUGACGAUUCUGGUAGCUGGUGUCGAUUCUGGUGGUUCCUAACAAUUUGGAUGACCUAUUUAUUGAUACAAGUUAAAAGAAGGGGAGGUCAUCAGAAAUUGUUACUAUACAACUGACUAAAAUAUUAAGUUGAUCAUAUCAUGAAGAUGAAAUCCCGGAUCCUGGACAUUUAUUCAGUUUUGGUUUAUCUGAGUUUUAUUAGACAAUUUCGUCGGUUUAUUAUGUCCAUUUUAGAUUAUAUUAAAAAGUCGUAUGCCUUUUGGUUUUAUGAUAUAUCAGAGAUAGAGCUCGUCUUAUUGAGGCGCCACAUCCACGAGAAACUUAUUAGGACAGUUUCAAUUUUAAAUAUUCGACUUGACUACGCAAUGAUUCUAAUAUCUUGUUUUGUAAUACAGAUGCAAGUUCAAAUAAUAGUAGAGUUAGAGCAGACAAAUUAAAAAUAAUAAGUAUCCUUUAAUACUCUGCUUUUAAGCUCCUGCAAAAAUAACCUAAAUAUAAUAAAUAUCAAAACAGCAACAAAACAAUGUCAAUCCACAAUUUGCUUACGAUUACUCUAAAAUCCUAAUGCAAAAGUAACUUGAACUUAUCUUGUAAGAAAAAUAAAUAUGAUUUGAUAUUUCCUCCUCCUCCAAUUGAAAAAGAUGAACGAAAUACAAUGAUAAUUUUAUACAAUAGAUCGGUUACGUUAAUAUUGUUUAGUCUUACUAUAUACUACGAGUGUAUAAGAUGAGACUGUACUAUAGUCAAAAAAUUUUCAUGGGUGUAGAUGGGUGAGCUCUGAUUUGGCUGACUGACUUGAUCUUUAAGAUGCAUAUAGAUAAUCUAAUAGUAAGUAAGUUAGAACUAAUCUCAAUUCAACAGAUUAAUAAUAUGGUAUUAUUUCCACUUUCUUUAAUUUUUUAUGGAGUCGCAUACUAAUCGUCAAAUAUAAAAAAAUUGGUAAGGCGGUAAAGACUUACCAAUUUUUUUAUUCUUUUUUUUUUCUUUAGUAGAAUUUAGCUAUCUAAGUUAGAACAAUUGUCUUAUAAAUAAAUGUUAGGGACUUAUUUAUUUCACCCAAGAAAUUAAAACUUCAUUCAAAAACAGUAAUUUUGUUUGGAGAAAUUAACCAAGAACCUUUUUUUAUUUGGUCUUAGACAAAAAGUAACGACACUAAAAGUAUCUAAGGUCUUACUCAAAGACCUUAGAUACUUUUACUGUGAGGGAUCAGCUAUAUUACGACUGCAUCGCUGCAUUGUUGCAUUUAUAUUAUUAUCAGGGAUUUUUCAGGGAUAAAAAUGAAAGUCCCAUUGAAAUUGGUACAGCUGUUCCAGAGAUUACAAACAGACAGAUAAUAUUUUAAAAAGUUUAUUGGUGUUUUAGUAUCGUGCCUAAAUAAAUUACUCGAGAAAACAGUUUUAUUUAAAUCAGAUACUUUUAUUUACAUGUACUGCAUUAUGUGACUAUGCACCAAUAAAUAGAUAAUUAUGGUGUCUUUUCUGUGAAAUGACUUUUUUGUCGGUUUGUCCAGAAAACCAGCGAAGUCUCAGUUUUUGUGGUUAAAAGAGAAUGUUUGGAUUUAUAAUAUAUCGAUAGUCUUGAGAUUGUACUGUAAAUGUAUAGACAAGUGUAUAUUGUAACUUGUAAGUGCGUUCCGGCUCACAUGUAAAUAUAGAUGUAGGAGUAACCGUGAUCAUAGAUCGCAAACCUUUUAGGUCACUUCACUUUUAUUUGAAAUCUCUCUUAUGAAAUUGUUUAGUCCUUUUAUAUGUUUAACAUUUGCAAUUGCAAAGCGUAUAUACUUAAUACUGUUGAGUGUGUAUUCCGUAUAUUUUUUUUUAGAUAAAUGUACUCAGUUUCAUAUUGAAUCAGCGCCGAUUCUACUCACGGAUUGUUUGGUUUUCUUUCUAUUUAUGUCUACUUUUUUAUGUACAUUAAAGUAUGAAAUUUAAGCAUCUAUUCGAAGUUAUAAACAAACUGAAAUUCUUAAUUAUGCUUAUAAGUAUCAAUACAAAAAUAAUUUGAGCCGGAAAUUUGCAUUACAACUGCCGGGUCAUAAUCUACGACUAGAUGGCGCUGAUUCAAAUCUAUAAAAAAACAAGUUCACUCUUAAGCGAUCGAAUAGGUACAACUUUUCAGUGUGAUAAAGUUUGUCCAGAUUAAAAAAGACGUAUGUAUCCUUAAUACUUAAUUAAACAACUGAGUAUAAUUUAUUGUAUGAAAUAGUUUAAGUGACGUAAAGACAAAAAUCAACCACCUUUUUCGGUGUCGAAAUCUUUAUUUAUUUUAAAAUUAAUUCUUGUUCGAUUUGAAAAGUUGUUGAAUCGAGCUCGUCUGUGAGACUUUGUUGUUGUCGAUUUUUGUAUACACUUAAUUGUUGAUUUAUCGUGUCAGAUAUAUUUUACACUAUACAUGAAGUUCUUCAUGGCUUACAGAUUUAAAAAUGUCCGUAUAAAGUGCUUCAGGGAAGGAAGAUAAACUUCUUCCUUUUAUGCUUACUUCAUGAAAUACAGUGUUUGUAUGUUUACUUCAUGAAAUUUCAAUGUUUCAAGGCCAGAUUACGUCAGCUAUGUCUACUUUAGGAAGUCUGUUUCGCUUUGGGUGUAUUGGUCAAAUGUACAGACAAGCGUCUGACAGUCCAUAAUCGACAGUUGGUGUGUAAAACUAAGGGAGUCUUUAACGAAAUGAACCUUUAGUUUAUACACAAACGCGUCUAUGGUCUGUCAUGAUACCACUAAAGUCAAAGACAAACAGUGUCCCCGGUAUUGUGUACAGUUCACUAUUGUCAAAUAUCACAUGUAGAUUAUGCAGUUUUGUGUAACUUUUCUUGUUGUCAAAUAUUCCAUACAAAGCAUAAUUAUUAUAAUUGCACUGUGUAUAUAGUACCUACGGAGGUAACACAACGACACGGCUUAUCGACUAUUUCAAAUUCUACACAAGAUGUGGGAAAUGAAAAUUUUGAUGAUAUCAUGCCUUGGAACAUUGCAUUAAUCCACAUUUCCGUUUAGGCCCGGUUGGUGUAAUUCUCAUUUCGUAAUAUUGCCUUAAUUCGCAGUUGAUUCUAUUCUCAUAAAAUUAAUAAAGAAUAAAAUGUUGGCUACAUCUGAAAUCCAUUUAUUAAACAGUUUUAUGUCUAGUUAUGGUAUUAUGAUAAAAUAUUAAUUUUAAAAAAAUAAAAAAGGAAAGAAAAAUUACAUUAGAAAAAAAACCUAUUAAAAGUAAAUCCAUUUCACGUAAUUAAAAUUAAUUGAAAAAUUUGUGAAUUUGAUGUUAUAGUCAGAUGAAAUGAUAAUUAGACCAAUCGGGAUUAAACUGUUCUGUCAUGCCAUCAAUUUAAUGGUUUUAGUUAAAUAUGUUUAUACCUAGUAAUAUCCACAUUGCAUUUCAACAUAUUUCCUACUGUGUAGAAAUUAUGAGUAUCAUUUAUUUUUAUCCUUUAUUUAUAUAACAUGUAUAGUUGUUAGUGUGUAAUUAAUUCAAUCUUGAUAUCAUGCAGUGCCACAGUUUAGAGAUCUUACAUUUCAGAAAAUGUACUGACUUUUUAUAGCUUUUCUAUAUUAAUAACGAGAUUGAACUUACCUUGAUAUCCUCAAGAUUAUUAUUUUUUUUUUAAUUUUCAUCGUAAUCGUAAAAUGGAGGUCUAUGUUGUCUAUCUACUGACAAUUGUAUUCAAUCAAAGAGUUGCAAAGUCUGCUUACGUAUAUGCACCACAAUACGCCUUACUGUAUAAGAUUUUUUAAUUUUCAUGCAAAAGAUGCAAAAUAUAACAUAAUAUUCGGUGGUAAAUAUAUAAAAUCAGUUCUGUAGAUAAAUAUAGCUGCCGCUAUGUUUUCAUGGCAGUCAGCGUGUGAUUGUAUCCGAACUGUAAGAUAUUUAAACUGUGGCCACAUUAUUGUUUGUAUAAAUAUGUUUAUUGUUGGUAAAUAAAUGUUAGUUCCACACGAAGUUACUAGAUGUCGCGCGGGCGGCGCUAUAAGCAACUGAUUAUGUAAUAUUAAUUUAUUGAAGUUUGUUCAAAAACUAGUGAGACACGAAUUAUGAGCCUAUCAAGUUUAUGAAAUAAAUAGACGAUUCUCUUUAUAAAA